CCCACAUCUCCCCACGUCUCCCCCAUCUCUCGAGGCCUAGACGCGGAGUAUCUCCCCAUAUCUCCCCACAUCUCCCCCAUCUCUCGAGGCCUAGACGCGGAGUAUCUCCCCCCAUCUCCCCACAUCUCCCCCAUCUCUCGAGGCCUAGACGCGGAGCAUCUCCCCACAUCUCCCCACAUCUCCCCCAUAUCUCGAGGCCUAGACGCGGAGCAUCUCCCCACAUCUCCCCACAUCUCCCCCAUAUCUCGAGGCCUAGACGCGGAGCAUCUCCCCACAUCUCCCCACAUCUCCCCCAUCUCUCGAGGCCUAGACGCGGAGUAUCUCCCCACAUCUCCCCACAUCUCCCCCAUCUCUCGAGGCCUAGACGCGGAGCAUCUCCCCACAUCUCCCCACAUCUCCCCCAUCUCUCGAGGCCUAGACGCGGAGUAUCUCCCCAUAUCUCCCCACAUCUCCCCCAUCUCUUGA